UACAACAGCAUUACCACACACCUAAAUCAUCAACUCUCCUCUCCCUUCUCUACAACUACUAGCUUUGUGAGAAAAAAAAGAACUAAAUUGAGAUAGAAAUUGAAGAUUGCUGAUAACAUGGCGUUUAAAUUUCCCGGUAUUCUCAAUGUCAAGAAGACUCUUCGAAGAUCACUUUCGGGGCUUAAAGAAGCAACUUUGAAGUCUAGCUCGAUUCCAAAAGGCUACAUUGCAAUCUAUGUUGGAGAGGACGAGAAAAAGAGAUAUGUAGUACCUCUUUCGUACCUUAAUGAGCCUGCAUUUCAAGAGUUGCUAAACAUGGCUGAAGAAGAGUUUGGAUAUGAUCAUCCAAUGGGAGGACUCACAAUUCCAUGCAGAGAAGACAUCUUCAUUGAUCUCACUUCUCAGUUAAAUUUAUUGUAAAGCUUAGAACUAACAUAGUUUUGUAGACACAAUUUUGUAGAUCAUAUACUUUGAGUAUGAAAAAGGAAAUUUUGUAUGUUGUAUGAAACAUUUCAUGCCAGUCAACAUGUUCUCCUUUCAUUGGAA